CCGCCACCAUGCUAGUACCACCACGUGGUGACGCCGCCACCAUGCUAGUACCACUACGUGGUGACGCCGCCACCAUGCUAGUACCACUACGUGGUGACGCCGCCACCAUGCUAGUACCACCACGUGGUGACGCCGCCACCAUGCUAGUACCACCACCCUCCUCCCAAGACCUGUCCUUGUUCACUGCUACUGAACAAUUGGAUAUUUCAUAUUCAGAAACAAGGAAGACAAAAUAUAGGAGCCCCGCAAAUAUGGCCACCUCCACCACGGCUGUUACUACCACAACUACUACCUCCACUGCUGCUACUACCACAACUACUACCUCCACUGCUGCUACUACCACAACUACUACCUCCACUGCUACUACUACCACAACUACUACCUCCAUGGCCCUCUCUACGGCCACUGUCACGACUACUACCUCCACUGCCACUCCAUAUGUGGCCACCAAAAGUUCACGUGGUCGACCCAGAAAAAACGUACCUGUGGCCACACGACGUACCUGUGGCCUACCAAAAGGAUCUAAGAGCAAAAGACGUCCCAAUUACUUUAUAUUGAUCCCAUAUGAGGCCAGCAUCUCCACCACCACCCAAGAUGUGGCCACCAGCAGCACCACUACGCAAGGUGUGGCCACCAGCACCUCCACCACCCAAAAUGUGGCCACCAGCACCUCCACCACCCAAGAUGUGGCCACUAGCACCACCACCACCCAAGAUGUGGCCACUAGCACCACCACCACCCAAGAUGUGGCCACAAGCACCUCCACCACCAGCCAAGAUGUGGCCACCAGCACCUCCACUGCCACCCCAGAUGUGGCCAACAACUCAGAUAUUGAUACUAGUGUUGUGAGUGAUAAUCCAGUGUCAACACCUGCAUCUGCUCAGGUGUCAAGUGCCACAAAGCGAGUGUCAUUAUUUAGUAAUGUAAUUCCCGAAUUUAGUGACGUAAAUAUGAAGAUAAUCGAUUGUAAUAAAUUAUAUAAUACUGUCUUAUCGCGAAUGUUUUGCACGGAGUGUUGGGUUGAAAUAAUGAAAACUAAAUAUUACAACAUCUAGAGACAGCUAUUGUUCUAGAGUGUCCUGAGUGUGGACAUCAGUUGGGGGAAAUACCUGGUGUGAAUAAUGUAGAGAAUGAGAUAACUGGCAGGAUGGUGUAUGGGGAAAUGGCAGCUGGUGAAGGAUACAGUGCACUUGCUCGUAGAAAUGCAUUGUGCACUCUUCCAUAUAUCACUCUAGAAACAUACAAUAAAUAUGCGUCUAUAAUAACAGAAAAAUGUAUCGAGUCAUGCCAGAAAAUACUUGCUGAAUCUAGGGACAUUAUUGUUCAGGAAUAUGCCAAAUUGAAAAUUGAACCAGAUGUCAAUGGAAUUCUUGACAUUGAUGUAACAUAUGACGGAACAUGGCACAAAAGGGGACAUCACUCAAAUAUAGGCAUUGGUAUCGCUAUCGAUGUAGUGACGAAAUUAGUGAUUGACUACCAAGUUUUGUGCAAAUACUGUCGUGUGUGUGCCUAUAUGGAAAGUUCUUACAGCAAACAGACAACAUCUCUUGAAAAAUAUGAACAAUAUAAAAAUGAACACGAACAUAAAUGCUACAUAAACUAUUCAGGAACAGCUGCAAAGAUGGAAAGUGAUGCAGCAGCAAUAAUUUGGCAACGAUCUCUUGACAAAAAAUUGAGAUACAAAACAAUAGUGAGUGACGGUGACAGCAGUACGUAUAAAACCAUUGUUGACCUCAACGAUGGUGAGGGUCCGUAUCCAGGUGUAAAUGUUGAAAAACAGGAAUGUAUCAAUCACUAUUCAAAACGUCUAAAGAACAGACUAACAAAUUUAGUGAAGUCACACUAUGUUGAGAAUGAAUUGAAGCCUGGAAUGAAGAGGAAGGAGUUCGCCAUGAAGAAAAAGGGCAUGCUGACAGACUUUGUAAUUGAUAAGUUAGCACAGUACUUUCAUAAGAACCUGAGAGAGAAGAUCGGUCAUGGAGUUGAGGAUAUGAGGAAUUCUAUCAUGGCAAGCUUCUUCCAUUGUUCCUCAACUGAUGAAAAACCUCAGCAUCACCUUUGCCCAACAGGUGAUAAAUCCUGGUGUUUCUACCAGAAAGCAUUAGCAGCAAACCUUCCUCCACCAUCUCACACCAACAUGAAAGUGCAGUUCCAACUGGAACCUGCAUAAAUGGAGGAGGUGCAUAAUGUCUACAAAGACCUAACAUCAGAUGAAAUGAUGCAGCGUUGUGUAAAAGGCAGAACGCAAAACUCUAAUGAAAGUCUGCAUCAACGCAUAUGGUCUUACAGCAAUAAAGCCAAAUAUCAAACCAAGAGGCAUGCUGAUUUCGCAGUCAGCCAUGCUGUUGCUGACUACAAUGCUGGAUAUGUGAGGAGCUGUCUGGACAUACCACUGGGCUACAGACGUUCAGCAGUGACUCAAGCACAACUUGAAUUAAUGGAGAAGCGCAUGAAGGAAAAACGAAACCAAAGUGGAAAGAAGAGGAAAAGGGAGCUGGACACGUCCUACGAGCCUGGAGGACAUUAGAUAAUCAUGUGUCCACCUACAUCCAGUCAAAGAUUGAUUGGGAUGGACUUUUAUGAUUGUCCGGCCACCAGAGACCUUCAGGACAAAGGGAUCUUCAUGGAACUUCAGGAAUAAUGUCUAUAUAACCAGUUCUACUCUCAAUAAACGUAUAAAGGCA